GCCCAUUCAUUAAGUACCGUUUCUUUAUCAUAGGUCUCCCACGUUUUCACCCAAUACUUGCGAGAAUUGUAUCGGAUUGAUGUAGCGGCAGAGCCAACAAUUCCGGUUGGAAUGCAUAGACAUCUGCUUGCAGUAGUCAGUCGUGUUUCGGUCGGAGUUGGACACAGCAGGAUCAGGAGUUGACGUGUCACGUCUUCUGCAUUAGCACAGCAACAUCUCACGAGGAUUGCACGUUAGGAUAUUUUAGAGAGAAUUUGUCAGUUGAUUCAUCCGCUCUUGCUACAUAAUAAACGAUGACGUCACCAGGAGAGGUUUAUAUUGUCUCGGCUGCCAGGACACCGAUUGGCAACUUCCUUGGCACUCUAUCUUCGCUGAGCGCCGCCGAAUUGGGCGCGGUAGCUGUAAAGGAAGUCAUCGCUCGAGCGAAUGUCCCGGCUGCCGAUGUCGAUGAGGUGAUUCUCGGUCAAUCGUUGACCGCUGGUCAGGGCCAGAAUCCGGCCCGCCAGGCAUCCCUCGCAGCGGGUGUUCCGAAAGAAGUUCCAGCCUUUCUGAUCAAUAUGCUGUGCGGUUCUGGGCUGAAAACGGUACAACUAGGGUAUCAGGCGAUCCGCUCGGGAGACGCUAGUAUCGUAGUUACCGGUGGCCAAGAGAGCAUGUCGAAGGCACCGCACGCCUUGCACCUGCGUGGAGGUACCAAAAUGGGCGAAGCAAAAAUGACCGACACAAUGCUGAGCGAUGGAUUGGUAGAUUUUUUCAACGACAUCCACAUGGGAGUGACUGCCGAGAAUGUGGCGAAAGAAUGUGGCAUCACUAGGGAACAACAAGAUGCAUUCGCUGUCGAAAGUCAGAAGCGGACAGCGGAGGCCCAACAGAAAGGCUAUUUCAAGGAUGAGAUUGUUGCUGUUCAAGUUCCUGGAAGAAAGGAAACUAUAACUUUCGAGAAGGACGAGUUCCCCAAACCCGGAACUACACUAGAAGGGCUGGCCAAGCUGAAGUCUUGCUUCAUCAAAGAAGGCACCGUGACACCUGGAAACGCUUCUGGCGUGAAUGAUUCUGCCGCAGCUGUUUUGCUAAUGUCUGCAGAGGAGGUGAAAAAACGUGCAGCUAAACCGUUGGCAAAAGUGGUUGCGUUCGCUCAGGCAGGCAUCUGUCCGAAGACAAUGGGUACGGCACCGAUUAGUGCUGUACAGAAAGUUUUGGUAAAAGCUGGUUGGAAACUAGAAGAUGUUGAUCUGUUUGAAUUGAACGAGGCUUUCGCGGCCCAAGCGAUUGCUGUCAACAAUGCGCUGAAAGUUGAUCUUAAAAAGGUUAACGUUAAUGGUGGAGCCAUCGCUCUGGGACAUCCGAUCGGUGCAUCAGGUUGUCGCGUUUUGGUCACGUUGCUUUACGCUCUGAAGCGGACCGGCGGGAAGAAAGGAGUGGCUUCACUUUGCAUCGGUGGAGGAAUGGGCGUAGCAAUGGCUGUUGAAAUGGUUUAGGGUUUGUUUCGAUCACUUGUUAUAAUGGAACGAAAAGUAGUUACAAUGCUGGUACCAGUACUUAUGACACCUGCGACUUACGAACAAAGUAACAUGCAAAGUAUUUCACCGUUUCUGUGUGGUGUUCCACAAUAGUAUUUUCUUGAGUAUUUCUGUGGUGGAACGAACGACAAUAAAGAAAACUUUGUACUUAAACUGCUUACAAUAUUCUGUAUAUUAAAAUGUUUUCCAAAUAUAAAAA